AUGUUGCUAUGUAUUUUUAGUCGAAAUUGUUUUCGAUCCGGAUACUGGAAAACAAAUAUUAAUAUUGAAAAAAGAACUCCUAUUAUUCAAUCCGAUAUAACAAUUGAAGAUUUUGAAUUGGUAACAGAUGAAAAUACCGGUGAAACUGUAUUAAGAUUAAAAGCUGAUAUAGCAGCUCGAAAAGGAUUAACUAGUUUAGGAAAAACAAAUUUUGAAGUUGUUGUUGAUCCAACAACAGGUCAAAAAAUAAUACGUAUAAAAGAUGAUGGAACAAAUCAAAUGAAUGGUAAUCGCAUUGAAAUUAUCACUGAUGCCAUAACAGGUAAACAAACAAUUCGAAUGAUUGCUGAUGAUGAUAAUGAUGAAUCAAAUGAACCUAUUGUUACAAUAACAGAAAAUGAUAUUGAUUUAAAUGAUUUUGAACGUAUAAUUGAUCCAUUAACUGGUCGAGAAAUAUUACGAAUGAAAGCUGAUGUACUUAAAGCUAAAGGUUUAGAAGAAUUAGCAAAUGCUGAAUUUGAAAUUGUUGUUGAUGCUGUUACGGGUCAAUCGAGAAUAGUUCUUAAAACUCCAUCAUCUGAUUUUAGUAGUGGAACAAAUACUAAUUUUGAAAUUAUUGUUGAUAUUGUUACAGGAAAACAAAAAAUAAUUAAACGAACUGUUACAGAACAAGAGAAAGAUAAUGUAGAUAUUAUUGAAAGUCAAUUAAAUGUAGAUGAUUUUGAACGUGUUAUUGAUCCUGAUACAGGUCUUGAAGUAUUACGAUUAAAAAAGGGUGCUGCUGCACGUAAAGGUCUAACUGAUUUACUUGAUGUUCAAUUUGAAAUGGUUACGGAUGCUAAUGGAAAACAAACAAUUGUUAUUAAAGGUGGUGGAAAUCAAGGCAAUGCUGGUGAUGCAAAAUUUGAAUUAAUUACUGAUGCAUCAGGUCGAACAACAAUUAAAAUUAGAAAAGAACGACCACCAACACCGGAAUUAGAAGUGACUGAAAAAUCCAUUGAUAUAAAUGAUUUUGAAGAAGUUAUUGAUUCUAAAACAGGUAUGAAAGUACUUAAAUUAAAAGUUGAUGUAGCUAAACGAGCUGGUAUGAUGGAACUACUUGAUGCUCAAUUUGAAACUUAUAUCGAUGAGAAAACUGGUAAACAAGCUAUUCGAAUUAAACAAACUGAUGGUGGCAAUGGGCCAGAUGAUGUUAAAUUUGAAAUAAUAACUGAUGCAUCAGGUAAACAAGUACUUCGCAUGGUUCAAGAAAUUCCAAAAACAAUUGAAGUAACUAAUGUUGAUGUAAAUGCAAAUGAUUUUGAAGAAGUUAUUGAUGCUAAAACUGGAAAGAAAGUUUUACGUAUGAAAAAAGAAGUUGCAAAACGAAAAGGUUUUGUUGAUAUGGAUAAUGUUGAUUUUGAAUUUGUAAUUGAUCAAAAAACUGGACAACAAGUUAUACAAAUAAAAGGUGGUACAGGUAAAAUAACUAAAGGUAAUAAAACAUUUGAAAUGGUUAUUGAUCCUAAAACUGGUCAACAAACAUUACGUAUGAAACAAGAAGUUGAAGUUCAAUUUGAAACAAUUGAAAAUGAUUUAGUCAAUGAAGAUUUUGAAGAAUUUAUUGAUGAAAUAACUGGUGAACGUAUACUUAAAUUAACAGCUGAAGCAGCAGCAAGAAAAGGUCUUAAUGAUUUACGUGAUGUUGAAUUUGAAAUUUAUAAAGAUCCAACAACUGGUAAAGAAGAAAUACGUAUGAAAGGUGGUAAUCAAACAGGAAAAUUAGAUGGUGAUCAAAAAUUUGAAAUUUAUAUUGAUAAAAAAACUGGCCUACCAAAAAUAGUUCUUAAACGACCAAAAGGACGAACACCACCACCUGUAGAGGCAUCAAUUGAUGUAAAUGAUUUUGAAAAAUUUACUGAUCCUGUAACUGGAAAAGAAUUUUAUCGUUUAACUGAUGAAGCAGUUCGUCGAAAGGGAUUAGCCAAUGUCAAAGAUAUGGAAUUUGAUAUUGAAAUUGAUGAAACAACUGGAAAAACAGUUAUGAAACCUAAAGUUAAUAGUAUAGCAGGACAAAAAGUCGAAAUUGUUAUUGAUCCACAAACCGGUGAACAAACAAUUCGUAUUAUACCACAAAAAACUAUAGAAAGAAUGGCAACAAUAACAACAUCGAUUGAUUUAGAUGAAGAUGCAUUUACUAUUCAAAUUGAUCCAAUAACAGGAAAAGAAAUUAUUAGUUUAAGUAAAGAUUUAAUGGAAAAUUAUGGAUUAGAAAAUAUCGAAUUUGAACAAGUUGUUGAUGAAACAACUGGACAAACAGUUUAUCGAAUGAAACCUGUUAUUGGAAAAGAUGGAAAAGUUUAUGAAUUAAUUACUGAUCCAACAACUGGAAAACAAUCAUUACAAGUCAAAGAAACAGUAACACAAGAACAAUUAACAACUAUUAUUGCAAGUCGAGAAGCUAAAGGACUUCGAAUUCCAAGAGCAGCUAGUGGACAUACUAGAAUAUCCGGUGUAACUAAUGAAGAAAGAAAUUUUUUGCCUACUGGAAUUUCAACACGAACAAAGAAAAAACUAGGUGUUGCAUUAUCUCCUGAUGAUGAUAUGGCAACAUCGCCAACUGAUAGUUUUACUAAUGGAAAUAGACGUCAAUCACAAGCUGGAUUAAAACCACGACCAGUCCGAGUUAAAAGUCCUUCCGGGCAACAGGAUGAUAUUGACUGGACAUCUGAUGAUGAAAAAGAAUUAGAUGGUUUAAGUGUUUAUGAACAACGAAGACGAAAAGAACAGAUGAUAGCUGAAAAAAAACGUAAAGUAGCUGAAAUGAAACGACAACAAGAAUUAGCAAUUCAAAAUCGAUUAAAAAAACAACGUGAAAGUUUAGUUGAUAUUAUUGAUCAUACAAGUGGACUGUUGAAUGAUGAAGAUCAAGAUCGGGAGCGUGAUUUACGUAAAUUAGAUGGUGAACGUGAUGGUCUAACGGAUGAAGAAUAUCAAGAACGUCGAAAAAAAUUAUUUGCUGAACGUACUCGUGUACUUAAAGCAGCAUAUGAUAGGAAAAUGGAUCGACUUAAACGACAAACAGGUAUCCCAGAUGGUGGUCGUGUCGAUGGAGAAAAAGCCGCUGAAUUAGAAGCACAAAUUCGUGCUGAAGAAGACUUAUUAUUAAGUAUGAUGAAUCCUGAAGAACGUGAAGAUUAUAUUCGAGCACGAAAUGAAGAACGUGCUCGACAACGUUUAUUAACUGAACGUGAACGUAUGAAACGUGAAGAAGAAUUACAAACAGCAUUAGCUGAAACAAAACGUAUGGCAGCUAUACGUGCAGCUGAAAUAAUGGCUAAAGAAUUACAAAAACGAUCAAAUAAUUCAAUGUAUGCUGAAUUAAAAGAUUUAGUAACUGAACAAAAAGUUUCACGUGCUUUUACAUAUUCAUAUUUUUCGCUUUUACAAUUUCUUGCAUCAUCUCGUCCUAAUUCAGCUAAUUAA